AUGUCUGCCCCCUCAAUUGCCAUGCGCGCCGGCGCCCGUCGAGCUUUUCAGCAGUUGAGACCAAUUGAGGCCUCUAGCCGACGUCUCGUCCAGUAUCCCCAGAUCCGUUGCCUCUCAUCUACGAGGUCGCUGGGGCAGUACACCACCCCCAACCCGAAUCCACCUCUGGGCAAGAAGAAUGCCUCGAAUGAUUCCCCCUCCCGCAUUGGGUUGAUUGGUGCUCGUGGCUAUACCGGCCAGGCCUUGAUUGAUCUCUUCAAUGAGCACCCAUUCAUGGACCUUCGGCAUGUGUCCUCCCGAGAGCUCGCUGGCCAAGAGCUUGAGGGAUACACCAAGCGCAAGCUCACCUACGAGAGCUUGAUACCCGAGGACAUUGCUCAGCUGGAUAAGGACAUCGACUGCUGGGUCAUGGCUCUUCCCAAUUCUGCCUGCAAGCCCUACAUCGAGGCUAUUGAUCAGGCUCAGAAGAACAGCGAUCACAAGAGCGUCGUCGUCGAUAUAUCCGCCGACUAUCGGUUUGAUGACGCCUGGACUUAUGGCCUACCUGAGAUCACCAAGCGGUCCAAGAUUGCUCAGUCUACCCGGAUCUCUGUGCCUGGCUGUUACGCCACUGCUGCCCAGCUCAGCAUUGCUCCCAUCGUCGAGAACGACCUUCUUGGAGGCCAGCCUGUCGUCUUUGCCGUAUCUGGAUACUCAGGUGCUGGCACCAAGCCUUCUCCCAGGAACAAUGUCGAAAACCUGACUGACAACCUCCUCCCCUAUUCAUUGACUGGUCACAUUCAUGAACGCGAGAUCAACCAUCAUCUUGGUAUUUCCGCUGCCUUUAUUCCCCAUGUGGCUUCUUGGUUCCGGGGAAUUCACCACACUGUCAAUAUCCCGCUUAACAAGCAGAUUUCCUCUCGCGACAUCAGGGAGCUGUUCCAGCAGCGCUACGACGGCGAGAAGUUGGUCAAGGUCGUUGGAGAGGCGCCGCUUGUCAAGGCAAUCCAGGGACGUCACGGCGUUGAGAUUGGAGGGUUCGCCGUUGAUAAGACUGGCAAGCGUGUGGUCAUUUGUUCCACAAUAGAUAACCUGAACAAGGGAGCCAGUACUCAGUGCUUGCAAAACAUGAACCUGGCACUUGGUUAUGCGGAAUUUGAGGGCAUUCCUACCAUGUAA